UGAUUUUGAUUUUCCCCGCAAUCCACAGAAACCUCAUUUUCCUGUUGACAACACUAACACUCAAAGCAACGAAGAUGCAACUCUCCCUCUGAACAUUCUUCUCCCAAAUUUUCAUUCUAUGCCUGCAAAUUCCUGAAUCCGGCCACCACUCUCUCUGCUCCGAUGGCCGCCGUAACUUCUUCCUUCUCUCUCUCAACACUCACUCAAUCAUCUUCUCAAAGGAAACUCACCUUUUCUUCCACUCGCUUUUUUAGUUCCGAUUCAGAUGCCGUUCGCUUUCGUUUGAGCUUGUCGCCUCACUGUGUUGGAGUUCGAAGUUCCAAUUCCGUUUCCAAAAUGGUCGUUCGGUGCUCCUCUUCAGUGUCAGACCCUCCUCCAACUGUUUCUGAGACAAAGUUAAAUUUUCUCAAGGCAUAUAAGCGGCCAAUACCUAGUAUCUACAACUCCGUGCUUCAAGAGCUAAUUGUGCAGCAACAUCUGAUGAGAUACAAGAAGUCAUACCGCUAUGAUCCUGUAUUUGCACUUGGCUUUGUUACUGUAUAUGAUCAACUCAUGGAUGGGUAUCCUAGUGAUGAGGACAGAAAUGCCAUCUUCCAAGCAUACAUUAAUGCAUUGAAGGAAGAUCCAGAACAAUACAGAGUAGAUGCACAGAAGUUGGAAGAGUGGGCUCGUGCUCAAAAUUCGACUUCCCUUAUUGACUUUUCAUCCAGGGAAGGAGAAGUUGAGGGGAUUUUAAAGGAUAUUGCAGAAAGAGCAGGUGGAAAGGGAGAUUUCAGUUAUAGUCGUUUCUUUGCAGUAGGCCUUUUUCGCCUUCUUGAGUUGGCAAAUGCAAUGGAACCGACAAUUUUGGAAAAGCUUUGUGCGUCUUUGAAUAUCAACAAAAGAAGUGUGGAUCGGGACUUGGACGUGUAUCGCAAUCUGCUUUCUAAGUUGGUUCAAGCUAAAGAGCUGCUAAAGGAAUAUAUUGACAGGGAAAAGAAGAAAAGAGAAGAAAGGACUGAACCACAAAAGACUAAUGAGGCCAUUACAAAAUGAUUUGGACAAGACCAAACUUAUUACACGAUAAUCCGAUAAAAAUUUGGUUUCCUUGACUUACCUUUUGUUUGUUCGCGACUUUGGAUAUCAGAAUGCGGCUCUUUUAUCAUACUGUAUUUAUUGUAUCUUUUGUGAUGGGGAUUCAGGUAAAUUGUUGUUUCAAUUUAAACACAAUAAUUUCACCCGUUCAACACAUUCGUAUGUAUUCUUUUCUUACAUGUAUUUUUUCUCUUGUUCAGUGGCAUAUGUAUUGUAUACUUGUAGUUCUCAGAUACAUAAUUGAAGGCAGCAUAUAUAUUCUGAUAGCUGAAA